GUUCACUGAGGACCCCUCAAAGCACUUAAGAGGAUACUUGAGAUGUUAGACAAUAUGACAGCGGCUGCCAACAGCAACAAAUCAUCAGACACCAGCUUCCUCAGGCCAUACGCUGCCAAUGUGAUCAUUACAGAGGUGCUGGUGGGCAUCUUCUUAUACAUCAAUGGCCUCAUGAUCUUCACCUUCUUCAUGAAGGAGGCCUUUCGCACUGAUACCCGCUAUAUCCUUUUUGCCCACAUGCUCUUUGUGGAUUCAUCACUGCUGAUGGGGUCCAGCCUGGCUGUCCUGCUGCAUUACUACAGUGUGGUGAUCCCCUAUGAGGCCUGCAUAGUGCUCAACCUGGUUUUGGUCUGGCUAGAAUUCUGCACACCUCUGACCUUGGUGGCCAUGUGCCUGGAACGCUUUGUGGCUGUGUGUAAGCCCCUGAGGCACGCUGCCAUCUCCACGCCGAGGAUUAGAGUGGUGGGCCUGCUCCUCAUUUGGGGGCUGGGCUGUGUACCUGCCCUCGUCAUCCUCCUUUCCUUCGCAGCCCUGGUCUCAGCUGAGCGGCUCACCAUGAGAGUCUUGUGUACUGUGGAUGCACUGUUUGUGAUUGAGUGGCAGAGGUACCUCCAAAUUGCUGUGUUUAAAUUCUACUUCUUGCUCAUGUCCAUGGUGAUCGCUUUCACAUACAUCAAGGUGGCUGCAGCGGCCCGGUCUGCCUCUGGUGAAAACAGGAAGUCAAGCGCCAAGGGCACGAGGACAGUGGCUCUCCAUGCCAUCCAGCUUCUCCUUUGCCUGAUACAGCUACUUACGCCUUUCGUGGACAUGGCUCUGCUAAAGAUCAGUGUAGUGAUCUACGUCUAUAUCCGUUUUGUCAAUUUCAUAAUGUUUGUGAUAGCACCGCGUUGCCUAAGCUCAUUGAUCUAUGGUUUGAGGGACCAGAAUUUCCUCCAGGCAUUGAAACACUAUGCUGUUUGUGGCCUGGAUAAGAAGGUUCAGCCAGCUGCUUCUCAUUCCUGGAAGGUGGAACUGAGGCAUUAAUGUGAAGGAGGUCCUGGGAGAUACACUGAGUGGACUGGGAAAGACUAGAUGUAACUAGAAGUUAUUUAAUGGUUACAUAUCUUACUGUGCAUUAUUAUUAUUAUUAUUAUUAUUACUCUGGCUUCCCCCCCCCACAGUGCUAAAACAUGCUGAAGUUAAUGGGACUUACAACAUUACCCAUAGGUGUGUGAGUGCCUGGUGUGUGUCUGUACACCCUGUGAUGGGUUAGCGCCCCAUCCUGGGUUGUUCCCUGCCUUGUGUCCUGCGAUGGGUUGGACCCCCAUCCUGGGUUGUUCCCUGCCUUGUGCCCUGUGAUGGGUUGGACCCCAUCCUGGGUUGUUCCCUGCCUUGUGCCCUGCGAUGGCUUGGACCCCCAUCCUGGGCUGUUCCCGGCCUCGUGCCCUGCGAUGGGUUGGACCCCCAUCCUGGGCUGUUCCCGGCCUCGUGCCCUGCGAUGGGUUGGACCCCCAUCCUGGGCUGUUCCCGGCCUCGUGCCCUGCGAUGGGUUGGACCCCCAUCCUGGGCUGUUCCCGGCCUCGUGCCCUGCGAUGGGUUGGACCCCCAUCCUGGGCUGUUCCCUGCCUCGUGCCCUGCGAUGGGUUGGACCCCCAUCCUGGGCUAUUCCCGGCCUCGUGCCCUGCCAUGGGUUGGACCCCCAUCCUGGGCUGUUCCCUGCCUUGUGCCCUGCCAUGGGUUGGACCCCCAUCCUGGGCUGUUCCCGGCCUCAUGCCCUGCCAUGGGUUGGACCCCCAUCCUGGGCUGUUCCCUGCCCUGCACCUGUAGCCUCUGGAAUGGACUCUGGACCUUUCAGAAAUUUAUGUUUUUUUUAUUAUCAUGGUCCCUUUAUUAUGCAGGUUAUGUCCAGUCUUCAUUUUGUACAUCAUGAAUAAAAUGUUAUGCUUUCUAAAGGGUGUGAGUAUGUGGAUGUGAUUUAACUUU